AGUAAACCUUCAAAUUCCCCACUUGUGCAAACCACUAUGGACGUUGUUCCGCCAAAGACCGUUCAUACCGAUUUUCCGGUUAUCGACACCGACCCACACUUCUUCCGCGUGCUUCGUUACGCCCGUCCAUCUGAUUAUGCGGUUGGCGCGGGAACAGCCGUGGCAGGUCCAAUUCUCUUUCUGGCGAUGGACAGAGCACAUCCAUCGCUCUUGCCCAGAGCUGCCAUGGCACAGAGUUUGCGUCUUGUUGCGGCUAUCGGUGUUACCGCGGGGUUUCUACGAUACUACAAGCGAUCCUCAUUGCGAUUCUGGGGAUGGUCGGAAAACGAGCGGGAGGUAGAGAUGGACAUGAGAGAGAUGGUUCAGAAGGUCAAGAACAAGGAGCCCUUAUAUGGAGUUUCUAUGCUUGAUGCACAUAUGCAGGGAGUCGCUGCCCGUAACUCGCGUUACUCCCAGAUAUUCUUCCAUGUCCUACCGUGGUUUAACCUUGUUAAUCACAACCAGCACGGUGUGGAUACAACCAAGUACUUCCGUGCUGCGGAGGAAGAGUUGGAAAUGGAACGUCUCGCCAGAGGAGAAUAAUCAUUACUCUGAAAAACAGGAAUAUACAUCCUAGGCAUCCAUCUCCGGCAGCGUUUAUUGGUAUAUGUAUAAAUAUACAAAGCAUACAUAUCAAGGAACAAUUUUCCCCCAGCCCA